AUGGGCUCAAGCGACGUACCGCCCUCCAGCGCGCCGCCUUGGCUGACUGACGCUGCGAAUGGAUGCCUCGGCGCGGGCGUGUUCUUCUGGCUCGUCACGUACGUCCUCAUGGUGCAUCGCGCUCACGCGACGCGAGCGACGCCCGUCCCUCUCCUCCCCCUUGGCGUCAAUCUCGCGUGGGAGUGUGUCUUUGUCGCCUAUGUGUGCGACACCUGGCUUGAAUACCUCGGUUUCGCGCUCUGGCUUUUGUUCGACAUUCCCGUCCUGCUCGUCACGGCAAAGUAUGCAUCAGCCAGCUUCGCAUCACAGCCCAUGGUGGCGCGCAACGUCGGCAAGACCGUGGGCCUCACGUUUGUCGUGAGCGCCGCGUCCAUUGCGUACUUUUCGUACUGGUGGUUGGCCGAGCCGCAUCGCGGCUACGGCAUCAAAUGGGGCAAGACCUGGAAGGAGCUUGAAGCGCGCGACACGACCGAAUUGAGCUACUGGACCGCAGGCGUGGCGCAAAUGCUGUUCAGCGUAGGCGCGUUGUCCAUGCUUGUCCAGCGAGGGCACUCUGGUGGCCAAAGCUACGCGAUAUGGUUCUGCCGCUUCGUUGGUACAAUGAUGGGCCUACCCGUCACGACGCUCUUGCUGUGGUGGUACUGGCCUGAAGCGCAUGGGUUCGUGCUUCAACCAGCGUCCUGCACCAUCGUUGGCGUUACAAUGAUAUGCGACCUCAUAUAUCCCUUUGUUCUGGCCCAGGUGCAGGCGACGGAGGAGGUACUCCCUGACGGUACGGUCAUUGCGCCAUGGGACGCCAGGGCGUCCAAGAAGCAUUCCUGA